UACCCCUUGUGGACAAUGAGCAACAGGCCCCUGAGUUUAGCACAACGAGGAGAGUUCACUGUUACACAACGCCUUGCUUUUGAGAGAUUUCUUUAUUUUAGUGUCCUGAAAAGUAACUGAAUUUGUUUAUCUUUAUUUUUUCGUCUUACAAAGAUAAUUCUGGAUUGUUUGAGGCCGUGGUAUGGACGAGAUACGGCCUGUUAGCGGUGCGCCAGCCCACGGGCUGGUACCACUGUUUCCUCCGGGGCUGCAGGCUAUCUAUGGGGAAUGUCGGCGACUUUAUCCCGACCAAGCCAACCCGCUGCAAGUUACUGCCAUUGUAAAAUAUUGGCUUGGUGGGCCAGACCCGCUAGACUACAUCAGCAUGUACAGAAACAUGGGCCGUCCUGCUCAGGACGUUCAGGAGCAUUGGCACUAUGUGAGCUUUGGCCUGAGUGACUUAUAUGGCGAUAAUCGUGUUCACGAAUUUACAGGGGCAGAUGGACCUAGUGGGUUUGGCUUUGAGCUCACCUUUAGGCUCAAAAGAGAGGUCGGAGAGACUGCACCUCCCACAUGGCCAGCUGAACUCAUGCAAGGAUUGGCACGAUAUGUCUUCCAGUCAGAAAACACCUUUUGUAGUGGUGACCAUGUUUCAUGGCACAGUCCACUUGAUAACAGUGAAUCUCGGAUCCAGCAUAUGCUGCUCACAGAAGACCCGCAGAUGCAGCCAAUCCAGACUCCGUUCGGCACAGUGAGCUUCCUUCAGAUUGUGGGUGUUUGCACAGAGGAGCUGCAGGCGGCCCAACAGUGGAACGGCCAGGGCAUCCUGGAGCUGAUGCGUGGAAUCUGCAUAGCUGGUGGCCCUUGGCUUAUCACAGACAUGAGGAGGGGAGAAACCAUUUUUGAGAUCGAUCCACACCUACAACAGGAGAGAGUGGACCAGGGCAUCGAGACCGAGGGCUCGAACCUGAGCGGUGUCAGUGCCAAAUGUGUGUGGGACGAUCUGAGUCAGCCGCCAGAGGAUGAGGAGGACAGCAGAUCCAUCUGCUUAGGAUCCCAACCGCGGAGGCUGUCAAACAAAGACACGGAGCAAAUCAGAGAGACAUUAAGAAAAGGACUGGAGUUUAACAGCAAGGCAGCACUACCGCCCAUCAGCAGCCAGAAGCAGAGUCACGAGAGGGCGCAGAGUCGGAAGGACAGUUUGGAGAGUGAGAGCUCAUCCGCCAUUGUUCCCCAUGAACUGGUGCGGACGCGGCAACUGGAGAGCGUCCACCUGAAAUUCAACCAAGAGUCGGGCACUCUGCUGCCCCUCUGCUUGAGGGGCCGCUUGCUUCACGGGAGACAUUUCACUUACAAAAGCAUCAACGGAGACACGGCGAUCACGUUUGUAUCGACGGGAGUCGAAGGGGCUUUCGCGACGGAAGAGCAUCCCUAUGCGGCUCAGGGCCCCUGGCUUCAGAUUUUAUUGACUGAAGAGUUUGUCGAUCAGAUGCUAGGGGAUUUACAGGAGCUCAACAGCCGGGAGGAGACAAAGUUACCUAGGGAGUACAGUUGGCCAGAGAAGAAGCUGAAGAUCUCUGUCCUACCAGACUCUGUGUUUGAUAAUCCGCUACAAUGAGAAACUGACUGUAGGAAUGGAAAAACCUCCAGUAAAUGUUCACGUCAAUGCAAACGAUCACCUCCAGAGGAGCUGCUGCUCCCACAGAGGACAGCCACAGACUGCAUUUCUCCCAAAGAUGAUCCCGGGGAUCAGCUAAACACUUCUGUUACAGCCUCGCCAUUUAGGUUAAAUGCCUUUUAAGAUUAUCAACCCAGUUUCAAACCAGCCUAUCCAGAUGGUCGACCUGUGAGAAACUACCUUUAGGGGCAAACGACAAGCCUUCCUUCUAACAGUGAACUCAGAAUAUGCAUUGCAUCUACAGUUCAGUGUGUCUACAGCAUUAAAGUCUGAAAAUCACCUCUAUUUAUUCCAGUGGCCUUAAAACAGUAAAUAUCACAAAGUGAAUCCUAUCAUUAGUGUUUUUAUUUUUGUUUUUUUCUUAGUAAAUGCAAAUGCUGGACAUUUCUCUGUUUUGAUACCAAAGUUUGAACAAUGGCCUUGUUUUCUAUCCAUCACUGUCUGUCUCACUUGUUGAAAAAUUCAGAAGCAAUAAACUGAGACCUUUAUUAUUAUUAUCAUCAAAUGGUUUCCAUUAGAUUUUUGGAAGAUGCUGCUGGUGAAACUCAUCGCUUACCACAGGUCCUCUAAUUGCUUUUUUUCUUCUUUUUUUUAUUAUACAGUUUUUAAUAAACCUACGUUGACAUUUAGGUGGUUAGGCGACAUAGCGUUGAAUCAAGGCCUCUCUAGUCACUAUUUGUUGCAUUCCACUUAAACUCCUAACAUGAAAUGCCUUUAAUUGCAGUGUUUUUCUGCAAAAAUGUACUCCUAUGAUGCAGUGGCAUAGCUUUUUGUUCAUGCCUUUUUUUUUUUUUAUUUGGAAUGAAAAAUGUAAAGGUUAGACUUUGUGAUUAAAAAAAAUAUUAAAUUUAUGGCAGAACUGACAUUUAAAUGUUUAAGUGCAUUAAAGAGUGUAGUUAUUACACAAAUAAAAGAUGA